CCCCAGCCCCCUUGCCUCAGCCUCCCCAUAUGUAAUACUAACACCUGACCUUGGGACUGAUAAGGCCCUCCCCAAAACAUUUGCUUUCACACCCUCAGCAGCAAACUUUGAACCUAUCAUUGUUCCUGUGGGACAGAGGCACACACAGGGGAAGAUGCGCCCAGGUCACUCACCGCCCACAUGAGAGUCCACGUCUGCUUGCAAAGCUUUGCCCUCCCUCUGACCAGCAAUGGAAGAAGGGGUAUUCCGAGCAGGGGCCUCAUCUCUGCUUUGACCGAGAUACAUGGUGGGGAGAGGAGGUCCCAGACUGGCGGGAGGGCUCAGCCUUGAGAUUAUGCUGGAGACACAACAAGGGGUGGGCACCCCGUAGGCGGGGCAAGGCAGGGCCUCUCAAGCUCAGCGACCGGAGCCUUGAGCCUUGCAUUCCCCUGCCCCUGUCCAAACGCGCCCGGCUCCCCAUGGACCGCACGGUGGUGCUCAUCACCGGCUGCUCCUCGGGCAUUGGCCUGCACCUGGCCCUGCGUCUGGCAUCUGACCCCUCCAGGAGCUUCAAAGUGUAUGCCACGCUGCGGGACCUGGGGGCGCAGGGCCCACUGUGGGAGGCGGCUCAGUCCCGAGGGUGCCCUCCUGGCUCCCUGGAGACGUUGCAGCUGGACGUGAGGGAUGCAGAUUCCGUGGCCGCUGCUCGCGCACGCGUGACGGAGGGCCGCGUGGACGUGCUGGUGUGUAAUGCGGGCCGGGGCCUGCUCGGGCCGCUGGAGGCGCAUGAGGCUGGCGCCGUCGGGUCUGUGCUGGACGUGAACGUGGCAGGGACGGUGCGGACACUGCAGGCCUUCCUCCCGGACAUGAAGCGUCGCCGCUCGGGACGCAUAUUGGUGACGGGGAGCUUCGGCGGCUUGAUGGGGUUGCCAUUCAACGCCGUUUACUGCGCCAGCAAGUUCGCAGUCGAAGGUCUAUGCGAGAGUUUGGCGGUUCUGCUGCCGCCCUUCGGGGUCCACGUGAGCCUCAUCGAGUGCGGCCCGGUGCGCACCGCCUUCCAGGAUAAGCUGGAGGGCGGCCCGGGCGGAGCGCUGAACGGCGCGGACGCGGAGACCCGCGACCUCUUCUCCCGCUACCAGCGCCAUUUGGAGCGGAUCUUACGCGAGGCGGCGCAGGACCCGGAGGAGGUUACCGAGGUCUUCCUCGCGGCGCUGCGCGACCCGCGUCCCGCGCUGCGCUACUUCUGCACGGAGCGCUUCCUGCCCCUGGUGCGCAUGCGCCUGGCCGACCCCAGCGGCCGCAGCUACGUCGCCGCCAUGCACCGCGCCGCGUUCGCCGACGAGCCCGCCGAGGAGUUCGCUGCGGACCUGGGCGGCCCCGCGCUCGGCGCUCCUCCAGCCGCCCCGCAAUAAAGGCUUGGCCCGCCGCUGUC